AUGGAUGAUCAUGUGGCGGUGGAUGAAUGGACGUUAUGUGAACGAUUAGGGCCUACCAAGGCGCGGCAAGUACUUGAGCAUCAUUAUGAAACAUUCAUCACUGAAGCGGAUUUUGCACGAAUUCGACAAAUGGGGUUCAAUCAUGUCCGUAUUCCCAUAGGUCAUUGGGCCAUCCGACCAUCUAGCCAGGAACCGUUUGUACCGCAUGUGGCCUGGACUUAUCUUUUACGUGGGAUUCAAUGGGCAAGGAAGUAUGGUUUAAGAGUGAUGAUCGAACUUCAUACUGCCCCUGGGUCUCAGAAUGGUUGGAAUCAUUCUGGUCGUAGUGGCGAUAUUCGAUGGUUGAAUGGGGAUCAUGGUCAAUAUUAUGCUGAUGAAACUAAACGUGUGGUGAUGGACAUCGUAUCCUUUUUUAAUAAAGAUCCACCUGAAGUCAAGGAUGAUAAUAAAACCAUCCAUAGUCAUAAUGUAUGGUCUCAUGUUGUACCUGUAUUUGGUGUAUUGAACGAACCUGCCAUGAUGAUCAUUAAAAAAGAACCAGCCAAACAAUGGUACAAGGAUUCAUACUCUGCUAUUCGAAACAUCACUGGUCAUCAAGGUCCUAUCUUAUCUUAUCAUGAUGGUUUCUUAGGAUUGUCACCUUGGAAAGGAUUUUUCACCGAUUUUGAUCGUACUUUUUUAGAAACACAUAUGUAUUUGAUUUUUGAUCCGAAUUUGGUUUAUAUGGAAAGAGAAAAACAAGCAGCAUUCCCAUGUGAUACAUGGCGUGAACAACUUGCUGAUGCUAGUCAACAAGUGGCACCAGUGAUGGUAGGCGAAUUUUCCUUUGCAACCAAUGAUUGUGGUAAAUACCUAAAUGGGGUUGGAUUAGGUACACGAUACGAAAAUACAAUGAAUGGGAAUGAUGAUGAUAGUAGAUGUCCACAAUGUAAUUGUACUCAAGUAGAAGAUUGGCCUUCAUGGACCUCUGGUUAUAAACAUUUUUUAAAUACAUUUGUCCAACGGCAAAUGGAUGCCUAUGAAGCUGGUGUAGGAUGGUUCUUUUGGACAUAUAAAACUGAACAACAUAUCAAUCCACAUUGGGAUUAUUCUCUCGCUUGGGAAAAAGGUUGGGCACCUAAAGAUGUGAAUCAACGUGAAUUCUCUUGUAAAAAAACACAAUAG